UCACGGCCUUUAAUUGUGAAUCUUCUGACCCUAUUUGUCAAGCUAGAUUCACCCCCAAAUCUUGAGGAGCUAAGUCAUAUAUUUGGAUGUCACAAUAAGUCUGAAUAGGCCCGCAUGUACAAUAUGAUUAUUGUGGUGAGCAUAACAAAUGUUUUUGCCACACCUCUCAGGUCAUUAAAGACGUCCGCCCAAAUCUAGUCGUUACCACAGUAACACUUUUCGUGCGUCACACACAGGUAGGUUCUUUUUGGGGAUUGUGGUAUGAUUCACUUUCCAAAUAUGUGGAGAUAUGUUCCAACAGGAAUGCACGAUGGUUGAUUACGUCAAUGGUAAAUUGCAUUCUUUUAAUUUGCAUUGCAUGCAUGACAUCAGUUUUUAAUAUGACUUUUCAAUUUCAAUAUAAUGAACUCUGAUAUCUAUGCCUCGCUGUAAAAUGUCAAUGGAAGGAGUUCAUUUAUGAAUGCACUCGUGCAAUUUCAAGUUAUUGCAUAAACUUAAACAUAGUUGGCAAAGUCACACACAGACAUGAGGGUGGGACUUUUAAAACAUAUCCCGUAAUAGUUUCUUGCUUCAUAUGUGUAAGUGAAAGCUACAAUUCCGAGUUUAUUUCCCAUAAGUGGCAUUGCAACACUUUUUAAAUGUGGCUAUUUAAAGAUUUGUGUUUCUCGCCAGUGUCUUUUUUUGUGUGGAAAAACGUCAAAUUGUGUGUUCCUAUGGAGGAGGUCAAAGGGGUACUUGAAAAAACAAAACUCGUACUUGAAAAAAAUAAAACUUGAAACCGAAAAUAAAAGUGUUGAGUUUGAAAAUUAACACACACACACAAAAAUCAAAAUAAAAAUACUCGUACUUAUUUUCGAGUUUCACACUUUUGCCCCGAAUUUGGCGUGGUACUAGCUGAGCAGGGCGUGGAAUCUGACAGCUGAACAAGAAUGCUUGCAACCACCCACGGAGACAGCGCCUUCAUGGAAUGACACGGGCAUAGUGUUUUACAUGCAGUAUAACUUUUAUGGGAUGACCUACUAAAUCGUUUCUUCUGAUGUAAUUGAUAUAUGUUACCAAGUAUUGAUUUGUAAUUAUUGCCUUCUUUUAUUUCACAAUAGCAAAUAUGAAAUCUCUACACGUUGUUGAAAUGAUAGCAGCAUUAUCUCUAAUUAUUUUGGAGGCUUUUUGAAUAGCUACGGCAUUGGGCUCAGGUUGAAUUUCAGACCGAGAGCGCCCUCUAGCGACCUUUCUGCUAACAUGCAAGGUAACAAGCAAGGUAAUGAAAGUUUGCUCAGACAUCGAGGAUUAAAGAUCUGAUCAGCAGUUUAUGAAUAAAAACAUGCCGAGGAGGACGAAACGAGCUAACUUUGGAUAAUCAUUUGAUAAAAACGGCAUUAUGCAUCCAUGGAAUGGAAGGGAGGGGUACUGCACUUUGUUAAGCACAUCUGGCACAUGCGGAAAUGAUCCAAUUUCACCUCAUUUGCCUGAAAUUGGACUGCACGCGCAGGUUUCAAAUCCAGCCUACCACCGGUGGGCUUUAAGCAGAGGUCGAGCGAGCCCUCCCUCGUGCACCAGAAGAUGCACAAUAGGAUAGAUAGUGCGAGUUUGCAAGGGAGGACGCCUCCCACGCACAGUUUGGAACAAUGCACGGAAGAGGAGGGAACACCUGCCUGCUGCCUGCCUGCCUGUUGUAUUGACGUUGCCGCUGCAGAGGGCGCGCCACACCACACCAGCACACCAAGCCAGCACAGCACCCGAUUGAAAGGGCGCAACUGACGCGUGCAGGAGCGAGCGAGCCGCUUAGUGAGUGGCCGAGCGAGACAGAGAGCGGCUGUCUGCCUCCUUUCCGGCCGGCGUUCUUCCUGUCACCGCAGUGCUUCUCCAGCGCCUGCACACCUCUCUACCUCCCUCCCUCCCUCUGCUCCUAAGCCCUCGAGCUACCUGCUCUUUCUUCAUCUUCCCAUCAUUCGUCUUCCUCCACCUGCCCCACGCGGAUGCCUGAGUCCUUUUGCAAACUGCAAAUGCACGCUGCAUCCUCCACAUCCCCGGAACCAGGACGAGCCGACCGGACGCGCUCUUCUAUCCUAAACUGAGGCGAGCACGCUGCGAAUUGGACCCCGAGGAAAGGCGCACUAGGGGCGGACGGUGAAUUGAGGAGACGCCGGUGGCUGGGACGGUGGCCACGAGCUCAUUUAGCCAUGCCCGUGCCAGAGCAGCCCGCCGAGCAGGAGAAGGGCGCCAUGGUUCCCCCGGUGAUGUCAGGCUCCAAUGGAGACCGGUCAGAGACUGAGACCACCUCCUCUAUCCUGGCCUCAGUCAAAGAGCAGGAGCUGCAGUUUGAGCGCCUGACCCGGGAACUUGAGGCCGAGCGUCAGAUCGUUGCCACCCAGCUAGAGAGAUGCAAGCUGGGAUCGGAGGCCGGCAGCAUGAGCAGCAUCAGCUCGGCUGAUGAACAGUUUCGUUGGAACGCUCAAGCGGAUGGACAAAAGGAUAUUGAGGAUGAGUUGACCACAGGUUUGGAGUUGGUGGAUUCCUGCAUCCGUUCCCUCCAGGAGUCAGGAAUCCUUGAUGGUGUGGAAAGACCGGCGCUCCUCUCCCAGAGUUCCUUGCAGCUCAACUCCACCCCGGAGGCUUCGCUCCAGUACUCUGCCAGCUACCAUAGCAACCAGACCCUCGCCCUUAGCGACAACAUCUCCGCAGCGUCUCCUCAGCGCAGCGGGCAGCUUGGAGGAGCCGUGCACAGCUAUAACCAGGUGACUUCGAGCCGUGCAGCCCAGCAGCAACAAUCACAAAGUGGGGCAGGGUCGGGCAUCUAUUACUCCAGCUCCACCUUACCGGCCCAGCGUGUCAACUCGCCUCUUUGUGGCGGGGGAGGCGGUUCAGGGCCAGGUUCUCCCAAUAAGCUCCAACGCCUGGGAUCGGCGUCUGAUUCUCUGGGGUACUCCACCGCUCAACGCUUGCCUUCCUCCUCCUCCCCCAGCAAGCAGUGUCCCGCUAAUCGACUGGCUAAGUCAUUCAGUACCAACGUUGCCGUGACAACAGGGGGUGGUGGAGGUUCUCCCCUGAGGUUUGCCUCUCCACCCAACUCCACUGGUGGAGGGGCAGGAUCAUCAUCACCCCUUCAUCAGAUGAGCUCAGGCAUCGGCAGUUAUGCCACUUUGUCUCCCAAACGGCUCGCAGCUCACCAUGCGUCCGACCAGUACAAGAUUUCCCAUGAGCUCUACGCAACUGCUACACUCCAGAGGCCCGGCAGUCUAGCAGGCUCUCGAGGCUCCUACAGUAGUCAGCAUAGCCAGGAGCCCCUCCGACCUUUGGGGUCCCCAGAGCACCAUAUAGACCCCGUAUAUGAGGAACGCGUCUACCACAAGGGUCCCAUGAGGAGCCUCAGCCAGGGCCAAGGGCCCGACACCGGCCCCUACCGCAACAACACUGCUCCCUCCUCCCCUGGUGUCGACUCCACCCCUUUGCAGCGAACAGGGAGUCACGGCACCGGAACGGGAAACUACAGCCGUGGCGGGACCCACAACUAUGCCACGGUGGGACCGGGCUACACAUCGAGCGGGGGAGGAGGGGACAUGUACGGCUCGGACCCCUACGUGGCCGACCCUUACCGCACCUUGCAGUACUGCCCCUCGGUGGUGGAGUCACCUUACAGCAAAUCUGGGCCGGCCUUGCCGCCGGAAGGGACCUUGCAGCGCUCACCUUCUGUUGACUCCAUUCAAAAAGACCCCAGGGAGUUUGGCUGGAGAGAUCCAGAACUGCCAGAGGUGAUCCAGAUGCUGCAACAUCAGUUCCCAUCUGUGCAGUCCAAUGCUGCCGCAUACCUCCAACACCUCUGCUUUGGAGACAACAAGAUCAAAGCUGAGAUCCGCAGACAGGGAGGCAUCCAACUACUGGUCGACCUGCUGGAUCAUAGGAUGAGCGAGGUUCACCGCAGCGCCUGCGGAGCCCUGCGGAACCUGGUUUACGGCAAGGCCAACGAUGAGAAUAAAGUGGCCUUGAAAAACUGCGGAGGGAUCCCAGCACUCGUCCGUCUUCUGAGGAAAACAGGAGAUGUUGAAAUCAGAGAGUUGGUCACAGGGGUUCUGUGGAACUUGUCGUCAUGCGAUGCUCUCAAGAUGCCAAUCAUCCAGGAUGCGCUGGCCGUGCUGACCAACAGCGUCAUCAUCCCCCACUCCAACUGGGACUCCUCCCCCAAUCACCAUGACGACCGCAAACUCCAGCUUCAUACUUCCCAGGUGUUGCGCAACGCUACCGGUUGUCUCAGGAAUGUCAGCUCCGCAGGUGAGGAGGCGAGACGAAGGAUGCGGGAAUGUGACGGCCUGACAGAUGCUCUGCUCUACGUCAUUCAGACCUCUCUAGGCAGCAGCGAGAUUGACAGCAAGACUGUGGAGAACUGCGUUUGCAUUCUGAGAAACCUGUCCUACCGCUUGGCAGCCGAGACGUCCCACGGCCAGCAGGGAGGCUUGGAGGAGUUGGACGGCCUCCUUUGUGACUCCAACGGUCGCGAUGGAGAGAGCUCUGGCUGUUGGGGCAAGAAGAAGAAGAAAAAGAAGGGUGCUGACCAGUGGGAUGGCGUUGGUCCCUUUCCAGAAAGCGUGGAUCCCCCCAAAGGGGUUCAAAUGCUCUGGCACCCCACCAUUGUCAAACCCUACCUCACCCUGCUAUCUGAAUGCUCCAAUCCUGACACCCUGGAAGGAGCAGCUGGAGCCCUGCAAAACCUGGCUGCUGGCAGCUGGAAGUGGUCCGUGUAUAUCCGGGCCGCUGUCCGUAAGGAGAAAGGACUUCCCAUUUUGGUGGAGUUACUGCGGAUCGAUAACGACAAAGUCGUGUGCGCCGUGGCCACCGCUCUAAGAAAUAUGGCGCUGGACAUCCGGAAUAAGGAGUUAAUUGGUAAAUAUGCCAUGCGGGAUUUGAUUCAUCGACUACCAGGCAGCAGCAGUAACAACAACGCGAGCAGCGGCGGGACCUCGAGUUCUGCAGGUCCACCCAGCAAGGCCAUGUCGGAUGAUACGGUCACUGCUAUCUGCUGCGCACUACAUGAAGUCAUCACCAAAAAUAUGGAGAAUGCCAAAGCCCUCCGGGACGCUGGUGGGAUUGACAAACUGAUCGGCAUCGCCCGCAGUAAAGGCGACAAACACUCGGCCAAGGUGGUUAAGGCGGCCUCUCAGGUGCUCAGCAGCAUGUGGCAGUACAGAGACUUGCGCUCCCUCUACAAGAAGGAUGGCUACUCCCAGUAUCACUUUGUGGGCUCCGCCUCCACAAUAGAGCGAGACCGACAGAGACCCUACUCUUCCUCCCGAACUCCCUCUGUAUCCCCCAUCAGGACGUCUCCAAACAACCGUUCCGCAAGCGCUCCGGCCUCUCCAAGAGAGAUGGUGAGUCUAAAGGAACGCAAGAUGGACUACGAUUCCACGGCAACCAACGCCGGUUUCCAUAGCAACAAAGGCGAGCACACUUCCCGGAAAGAUGGCAUGGCAGUGUCCUGUGGAACAUCAACAUUGUUCCGAAACUCAUACCUGACUAGUAGUGAUGAUAUCAAACCAAUUCAGGCCCCCGUUCAGCCCUGCACUAUACCCCCGCAGCCUCAACAGGACAGCCCGUCAACAGCCAUGCUAAAAGACUACGACCACUACCCACCCCCUCCCUCCUUCCCCCAGCCUCUGCCUCCACAGCCGCCCCCUCACAGCCAGAGCAGGAGCUUCGACGAGGCUUACUUUGAGGAACAGGGAGCGCCUCCGCCGACCCAGCCCCAGCCGCAGGUCCAAGCGCAGGCCCAACCCCAGCAGCCUCCCAGCACCGCCGGGCCUCCUCGGGACCCCCGGGAGGACCUGCGCAUGCAUCUGGGCCUCAAGUCCACUGGCAACUAUGUAGACUUCUAUUCAGCCUCGCGGCCGUACAGCGAACUGAACUACGAGACCAGCCACUAUCCAGCCUCGCCUGACUCAUGGGUCUAAUUAGACUGAGGAUGAUGAUGAUUUGAAAAUGUCUCUGUGUGUGGAGGGGAUUUUUUUUUUUUCCAAGCACAUCAAGUUUGCAUCGUAGUCUUGAACAACCUGACAAGGACUAUUUAUGCUCUCAAAACAAAAAGCAAGAAAUAGUAGUCGUCAGGGUCAAGUGACAAACAGUGCAUGUGCAUGCAUUUUCUUUUUCUUUUUUUUUUGUUUUGUUUAACCACAGCUCACUUUGUCUUGAGUCUCAGCCCCGCUCAACCGAGUGAGUGCAAGGCGUGCAAAGAGCCAAAAACACAGUGGGCAGAAUAAAUAGAGAAAGAAAGCAAAGACAGGGAGAUGACUAAAGAAGAAGAGACAAGCGAGGGAUGACUGUAUAAUGGCGAUGGAAUGAGUAAAGGCAUUUAUUCGCGGGAGGAGUCGUGACCUUUAGUUGAAGGCAGCGAGAGCUGGAGAGGAUGACUUGCGCGAGGCUUCUGGAGGAGGUCAGGAAAAAUGGAAGCACAGGAGGAGAAAAGUGGGUCUUUCCCACUUCGUCUAAACGUAGCACUGAUUCGAACCCCUGCUUUGCGUCUCCAUUUAUUUCAAAGGAAUGUCAUUAUUUUUUUCUACUUUUUUAGAUUUUUCAAGAUGUCAUUUUAUGUAUUGCUGAUGUAACUGUGCGCACACUACCCCCCCCCCCCCAUGCAUUUGUUUUUAAGAGAAAAGCAGUCGAAAAAAAAAAUUGAAACUAACACAAGACGCAGACUUCAUCACCGCGGUGGAAGUCGGCACAAUGUCAGCUUUGCAGUAUUUGUGAUUGUCGACCUUCAUCCAAUUGACUAUUCUGGUGCAAAAUGGAAAUGCACACGUGCAGAGAGUUGUUCAAUUCCGAAGCAAGAAGUGCUUUUUCACUGCCUAAAAAAACGAAAAAAGAAAAAAAAAAAAACAUUUCCGAGCACAGUGUGUGUGUUUGGGAAGGUUCGUCUUGUCUUUAGCGGGGAGCUUCGUCGGGAGUAAAUAUUGUACAAGCCAAUGUAAACUAAAGUGACAAAGGACAAGAUAAGCUUGCCAAACUUUGACCCCUGGAUGAAGGGACUUUCUGUCUCGCUUUCCAGACACUGACUGGAUGUCUCGCUCUGCAGUUUGUAACUUUUUUGUGGCUAUGCCCCCUGAUCUGGAUCUUGCUGGGAACUGUGGGUAACUUCCCUUCGAUGUGCUGUCCUUGGUGUCAGCUGAGCAAAUGUGGGCGCGUGUGGGGAUGAGUGAGUGUGCAUUUGUGUGCAUGUCGGUGACAGAAUGCGUGGCCUGUGCGUAGACGCAUUAACUCGGGUGAGCGUAUUUAUGCAUGCAUGUGUGAAGUAGUGUGCGUAUGCCUCUGUUGUGUGUCUGUGUGCGCGCGCGGGUGUGGGUUUCUGUACAAACCAGUGUCCACGCAAAGCAUUCCUACCGACAGUCAGUCUGGUUUUGCUAAUCACGGUCAAAUCACUAGAAUGAAUUGUUAAUAUAGAAUGAUAAUAUAUGAAUAUAAAUAUAUAAUUUUUAUGUGCAGAUAUCCGUGUCACUGAAGCGCAACCAAUGUUUGCAGAGGGACAAAAAAAAAAAAAUAACAUGACGUGGUGUACAAACAGAACUUUAGUUCAUUUGCUCUAAUCGUGGAAACUGCG